AAUUGAGAGAGAGAGAGAGAGAGAGAGAGAGAGAUUAUAUUACAAAUAUAUAUAUAUAUAUAUAUAUUACUUCAUUGAAGGCCGCUGGAUCUUUCCUUUUUGUAAAACGCUAAUUCGAUCAAGUUUCUCGCCGUGUGCGUCUCGCCUUUCUCUCCCGAUCUGCUUCUUCUUCCCUUCGUAGCUGUCACGUUUUGCUUUUUGCCAUCCGAAAAUGCUUCCACUGUCUCUACUCAAGACGGCGCAAGGCCAUCCUAUGUUGGUGGAACUGAAAAAUGGGGAGACAUAUAACGGGCAUUUGGUUAACUGUGAUACUUGGAUGAACAUACAUCUCCGUGAAGUCAUCUGUACCUCUAAGGAUGGAGAUAGGUUUUGGCGAAUGCCCGAAUGCUACAUUCGGGGGAAUACUAUUAAGUAUCUUCGGGUCCCUGAUGAGGUGAUAGAUAAAGUUCAGGAAGAAACUAAGAGCCGUACAGAUAGGAAGCCACCUGGAGUGGGGCGUGGAAGAGGAAGAGGCCGAGAAGAUGGCACCAGUGGUCGGCCAGCAAAAGGCAUUGGCCGUGGCUUAGAUGAUGGGGGUGCUAAAGGGGCAGGUGGAGGGCGAGGCAGGGGUGGAGCUGGUGGGAAGACUGGUGGAAACAAAGGGGUAGGGCGUGGCAGAUGAUAUAAAAGGCUGGGUUGCUGAACAAACCGAACUGAAGGGGUUUUGCUAUUUUUAAAGGCAUUUGGCUCCCCUCUUCAGCAUGACUCAGAUUAUGUUGUUUGCAUUGUGGUUCUGGGAUGUUGUCAACUUAAGAGACGAGGACGUGUUUAAACUUUUUAAGUCUGAAAAAUUGACAUGGAUGGAAGGUGGUACUGUUUCGAGAUCCAUAUAUAUUCUUUGGGUUCAGUUUUUUUCGUGGAUAUUAUUUCCGUACUUGUUAUGGUUGUAAGCCAUUCUUAAUUUCAAGUAACUAAAUCCAAUUACCCCCCCUAUUGUUUCCUUGAA